AUGGCUUCGGAAAACAACGGCUCCGAAGAUGUCAACGAUUUUCUGCAACGCAUCAAGGAAUUGGGCGACCGAAGAGACCAGGAGGACGAGGAACGGAAUAGAAAGCUCGAGGAGGAGAUAUUGCAGGGCAGAAAAGAAAGACAGGCACGGCGAUCAGAACGCGCCAGAUCUAUUUCCCCUGCGAAAUCGUCACCUGCAAGUACACCCACCGCGUCCAAGGUGUCGCUAGCUCUGCCGACACACUCGAGAGCAUUAUCCCCAGCGAUUGAUUCCAACUCACGUUCAGAAUCUGCACAAGACACUACCAUUGACGACGCGAUGGAACGCCUGGCGGACCUUCAACUCUCUCCAUCGAAAGAAAACUACUUGCCAGGGAACAGGGAUAUAUCUGGCGAUUCUGAUGUGAAGCGUAACGAUGUUGCGAGAGUAACACCCUCAAGCGCAAUGCCUUCGCGGAGCUCCCCUUUCCAGCGCCGCCCAACCUCUCGAGGAUCAGAUCACGCAAGGAGUCGCCCACUGUCAAUGGUUGCUACAGAGAAUGCUGCCCGCUCACCGAAACCUAUUCUAUCGCCGGAACUAGAGCCGUCCGCUGCGGAUCCCACGUUGUCCCGGGAUCAAAUUGCACGAUCUCUGGCCAACAAAGAUCCUGCUUGGUUUCGCCAGACUGCGGACAGAGGAUUAAGCUCGCCGGCUUAUAGACGAAACCAAGUGGAAGAUGAUGAAAGAUCUGACCAUGGGCAAAGCUCGUCCCGAGUGCAGAUGCCAGGUAUGUCACGGGAAGCAUCUGUUGGUGACAACACAGCGAGCGAUCCUGCUGAUCGAAGCCUGUCGCCAUCACGGAGUAGUAUUGUAAUUGGAGCCUCCUCAAGAUCUUCUUAUCAUGCUUCCCCAGCCGCUUCAGGCCGAAUUGGGUCACCAUUACCGUUAUCCAGCGCCCAGAGGCUGGACCCCCCCUCUCAUGAUGGCAAAUCCGAAGCUCGUACGUUAGCAAUGUCUCCGUCACAAGGCCGUAUAUCACCCGAGAGGCUCGACCGACCGCUCUCGCCUACGAAGGGUAUGGGAGGCUUUGUGCAAAGUGCUAUGAUGAAGCGUUCAGACAGUGUAAACAAGAGAUGGAGUGUUCAAUCGCCCACUGGACUCAACCGGGUCAAUUCUGUAGCCAGCAAUCGGAGCAGUCAUGAUAUUGGAGGCAACACUCAAUCUGCAAUCGGAACUUCCAGGCCAGAUAGCCUAAGCAGAGGAAAUUCCCCUCACCCCAGCUCCAGACCUACCUCAAGCCAUAGCAAUGCCACGUUUACUCAGGACUCUAUUUCAACCACUCAACCACAGGGUCAUUCUCCAAUUACAGACAGUGAUGGGUUCAAAAAGCCAGCACUUCCACCCUCGAGAUCGCAGACCCCUCCAGCAACCAAACCCCAAGAAGCGUCUGGUGUGGUUGAUUCACAACCACGAAUUGAAGCUACACCCCCAUCCAGUCCCUCAAAAACAAUGGACUCCCGCCGAUGGAGUCCAACAAAGUCCAGUUGGCUCGAGAGUGCGCUCAAUAAACCAGACUCGCCAAAACCCAAAGUAGCACCUCCACCGCAGCAGCCUUCUUGGAUGGCUGAAAUCACUAAGGCAAAGCAGAAGUCUAGCGUCGAUCUUGGACGCCCAGCAGUUGGUGUAAAACAUGAAGUCAACAUUGGUGGCCUCAUGAGAUCGCCACCUCUGGGCGGCGUUACAAAACCACUGGGCGUUGGCAGUCUCGCCUCCGGAGUGUCACCAAACCUUGUCAAGAACCGUACUGGUAGUGUCACGUCACAGGUUGUUAAAGAUGCUCCGGCGCAAAGAGAAACGAACGAAGAAAAACCGACCACCCCCGCUGUCAGAUCACCUCCUACAAUUGCAAAAGCUAAGCCAGAAACCCCACCGAAAAAGGAUUUUAGAGCAUCCCUGAAGCCUCGUCAACCUCCUCCAAAUAAUAGUGGCACAAACGAACCUGAAUUUAAGAAUGUUUUUGGUCAAUUACGACGGACGACAACGCAGAACUAUGUGGCACCGGAUGAGCUCAAGAACAACAUAACACGGGGAAAAGCCGCCUUGAACGUGACAGGUGGGCCAAAGAAGACCGAGAGGGUGGACGAUUUCAAAGAAGCUAUAUUGAAGAAAAAGGAUGACUUCAAGAAAGCGCAAAGUGAAGGUAAAGGUGUUCGGCCAGCUAGCGGAACCAUCAAGAAUGAGGUGUUGCCAGAAGCAUUGGCAAGAAGAAAGACCCUAGUCAAAUCUGAUGAGGGACCACCAAAGAUUGACCUACAAAACAAUGCGCCUUUUGUGAGUCGCACAGCAUCACCCAAGCCGUUAUUGCCAAGUAAAGAUUUUAGUGAUUCGACUGGCGUGCGCAACAAAGACUCCCCUUCUGGAAAACUUGCUGGCCGAUUCAAUCCAGCACUUGCAGGGCUACUAGCGCGUGGUCCGCCUUCCAUGGCCAGCGAUACGUCGCGGUCGUCAAGCCCAGCAAAUUCCGCCUCUCAGCGCACGGUGAGCAUGAGUACUUCUGCAACCGAUACACAAGAGGCUGGGCCACAGCUCACACAUAUGACCAAAAGUCGGGCUCGAGGCCCUCGAAGGAAGGCUCCAACCUCCGUACCGAAUGCUUCAACACCGGUCUCUGCACCAAUUGACUCGGUAGAAAGCCUGGAAAAGAAACCCGAGUAUAGCCACAGGGCUGAAAAGACGCCAGGGAAGCCGGUGUCCAUAAAACCAUCUAUGACCGCAGAGAUCGAGACCAAAAACCCAGGGUCAGAACCAUCGUCCCCAAGAAAGCUAGAUAUGAAAAGACGCUCGCAAUUUCUCCAAGAUGUCCCAAAAGACAUAAUCAAAGAUGAGAUAGCCGAGUCCCAGUCAGACCGUCCAAGGCCACUCUCUCCUAUUAAGAGGAGCCACACCGGGAAUUUCUCUGCAACAAACAAAGCGACAGUCCUUGAGUCGUCUAAAGCCAUGGCAAUCCAGCCGUCCACACCCACUAAGCCACAAUCUCUUGUUGGACCCAGAUCACCCAGUAAUUCAUCUUCAUUGGGGCCCACUCAGCGUUCUCUCCCAUCUCAGUCCGUUGCUCCGAGUAGUAGCCAGUCAAGUAUUCCAAGUUCACCUAGAGGCGUCAAACCAUCAACCGAACGAGUCGAACUACAACCCUCAAACUCAGUCAAAAGUGCCACUUCCUUGUGGGAUCGUAAUUCCAAGACUUCACCUCAACAAUCUCCUCGUCUCCCAUCGCCCAUUAAACUUCCCACACACGAGGACGAAAAGGCCGCUUUGAUCUCAGCCGGUCUUCGUUCCGUGAGUCCAGUCAAAAGAGCCACGCCAGAUAUCACAGAAUCGCAACCAAAGCAGUCUGCCAGACCUCUGCCAGUGCCGCCUAAGAAAUCUACGCUAUCUCCACGCCCCCUCGAAAAUCUGUCGUCUUCUCCGAUUUCUCCAAAGCGUGAUGGUAAUAAUCCGCACUCCUCGGAAGCCUUCAGUUUCGUUGAAUUCUUCCACGAUCGUACACCGCCCCUUGGUUACACCGCUGAUACAGGUCUGAUUCUGUCAUCAAAGCCACUUGAUCGGAAUCUCAGUAUCAGAACCUUGAAUUCAACUCAGUAUCAGUUGGUAGGCGAGGGCAAAAAGCAGUUGGUGCCAUCCCAUCAGGAGCGAAUCUUGUUUGAAGGGAAUCUUUAUUUAUGUUCUCACACUUUCGUGGACCAAAGAGGCAAGAAAUCGACCGAGGUCUACUAUUGGAUAGGUGAUGAUGUGCCCAGGCAUGUUGCUGCGGAAUCCGAAACAUUUGCUCGUAAGGAGGCCAAGAAUUUUGGUGGGACACUAGUCAUUAUCAAGCAAGGCAAGGAAACAUCUGAAUUUUUCCAUGCUUUGGGUGGUAUCAUCAUCAUUAGGCGCGGAACUUCCAACAGAUUUGAUUCUCUCUCGCCGUCAAUUCUCUGUGCACGGAACUACUUUGGGCACAUUGUGUUUGACGAAGUCGACUUUUUCCAAAACAGCUUGUGCUCUGGAUUUCCCUAUCUGAUAUCUACAGGGGUGAAAGCUUAUCUGUGGAAAGGUAAAGGUAGCAGCAUCGAAGAAUUAAGUUGCGCACGCCUUGUUGGCAUGGAGUUCGGUCUUACGGGUGAGAUAGAGGAGGUCGAUGACGGCCACGAGCCUGCAAACUUCCUCGAAGUUUUUGGUGGUGCAGAGAUUCCUAACUCUGCAGACCACUGGCGGUUGAAGCCCCAAUAUUCCAGGUAUGGGUCACGCUUAUUCCGUGCCAGUAACGGUAGCAGAGAACCGAUCACCGAAAUCAGCCCGUUUUGCCAAGGUGAUGUUUCGCCGUCCAAUGUUUAUGUUCUGGAUGCAUUCUUCGAAAUAUACGUCAUCAUUGGAGCACGAGCUCAGUCACAGUAUGCAGCUUUUCACCACGCUCUCUCUUUUGUACAAGAAUAUGGGAUCCUCGCCGCAAGUAUGGAAGAUCGACCAUUCGUGCCAGUUUCAACCGUUGUCGUUGAGGGCAUUCCUCGAGAUAUGAAAAGUGUUUUCCGGACUUGGAGAGAAGAACUGACCCCUACAACCAUUCAGAAAGCGGGUUUGCAGCGAGGCAGGAGUCUUCGGGUCAUUCCAUUGAAUGCUGCGAUUGAAGCGACUCGCUAA